CAGUAUCCCUCACUGCGUAGUAGCACAUGGAUUUCAAGACUUCAAAUGAAGAGACAAAGACUGGGAUUUAUUUGAUGCAAGAAGGUAAUGAGGAGCCGUUUAAUAUUCGACUACACUUGGCCAAAGAUAUUCUGACCAUUCAAGAACAAGAUGUCAUCUGUGUGUCAGGAGAGCCUUUUUAUUCGAGUGAGAGGACUGUAACGAUCAGGAGACAGACAAUUGGAGGGUUUGGCCUGAGCAUCAAGGGUGGAGCAGAGCAUAAAAUCCCUGUUGUGAUCUCAAAAAUAUCAAAAGAACAAAAAGCUGAACUCUCUGGGCUACUUUUCAUCGGGGAUGGCAUCCUUCAGAUAAAUGGAAUAAACGUUCGAAGUUAUCGCCACGAGGAAGUGGUCCAGGUUUUAAGAAACGCUGGAGAAGAAGUGACUCUUACUGUCUCUUUCCUGAAGAAGACUCCAGCCUUUCUGAAACUGCCGCUGUGUGAGGACUGCACAUGUAUCCCUAGCGACCAGAGCAGUGGGACGUCCUCUCCUCUGUGUGAUAGCGGCCUUCACUUGAACUACCAUCCCAACAACACGGACACGCUGUCCUGCUCGUCCUGGCCCACGUCCCCGGGGCUUCGCUGGGAGAAGAGAUGGGUGGACCUCCGCCUUAUUCCACUGCUUCACUCACGGCUGUCGCAGUACAACCCGGGCUCAGACGUCUGCAGGAAAAAUGCUUUCCAGGUCAUAGCUGUGGACGGAGUUUGCAGCGGAGUUAUACAGUUCCCCACAGCUGAGGACUGCUUGGACUGGCUUCAGGCAAUAGCGAGCAACAUUUCCAGUCUCACCAAGCACAAUGUGAAGAAGAUUAACCGAAAUUUUCCAGUUAACCAGCAGAUUAUCUACAUGGGCUGGGUAGACGAGAAGGAGCAGGACUCCGUUCAGGACCGAAUGUAUUCACCAAAGUUCCUCGCUUUGAGGGGUUCCUCACUCUUCAAGUUUUCAGCACCUCCUGUGACGACAUGGGACUGGACCAGAGCCGAGAAAAGCUUUACUGUGUAUGAGAUAAUGUGCAAGAUUUUAAAGGACAAUGACCUUCUGGACAAGAGGAAGCACUGCUUCAGUGUGCAGACGGAGAGCGGGGAGGACAUGUUCUUCAGCGUGGAACUGGAGUGCGAGCUGCUGAUCUGGGAAAAGGCUUUUCAGAUGGCCACUUUCCUGGAGGUGGAGAGGAUACAGUGUAAAACAUAUGCCUGUAUCAUGGAGAGCCACCUUAUGGGACUUACAGUUGACUUCAGUAUGGGCUUUGUGUGCUUUGAUGCAGCUUCAAAGGCAGUCCUGUGGAGAUACAAGUUCUCCCAGCUGAAAGGAUCAUCUGAUGAUGGAAAAAGCAAGAUCAAGUUUUUAUUCCAAAAUCAAGACUCCAAAUCUAUUGAAGCAAAGGAGCUAGAGUUCUCAAACCUCUUUGCAGUGCUUCAUUGUAUUCACGCCUUUUUUGCUGCCAAAGUCGCCUGUCUGGACCCGAUGUUUGUGGAGAGCCAAGGCAGCGCAACUACCGCGGGAUUUCCUUCUCUUUCCAGCAUCUCAUGUAAUUCACAGACACCUAAACUUAAAUACGCCACCUGACAGGCGCUGUUCUCACCAGACCCCGUGUGAAACGCUGCUGAAGU